UGAUUUGAUGAAUAGCAAUCAAAAGGUGAGGGCGGGAGAGAAGUAAGAGAGAUUGGCAUCGAAAAAUGGCAGGAAAUGAGGAAGAGAGAGUCCAAAUUCGGGAUUCUCUUAAAGCUCAGAGUUGCUUCAAUAAUUAUCCAAAAUGGAAAGAAAAGCUCAGAGAAAAUUGUUACACAAGAGUCAGAGAAGAUCGAAGCCGCCUUCUUUGGAAAUUAAGGUUCGCCAACAACCAACCACAUAAGGAUCUCGUCAAGUCAUCUCUAGAGGACAUAGUUUCUGAUGAAAUACAGAAAUUUAAGCACUCAUAUCAGAGUGAGACUUUUGAUAAUUAUAAAUUCUCCCUCUCACUGGAUGAUGCUAUAUGGCAAUAUGAUGGCCUUCAUGAAGCUUAUCAGGGUGAUUGUGAUGAAAUGCUGCUCGAAAUGCAGAGUAUUUUCUAUGAAGAUCUUAGGAUGGAAGAAACAAAAGAGUAAGUUUCAAAUGAAACUUGGGAGGAUGAAUAAGAUGAGUAUUUGGCUCGUGCAGUAUAUGAGCACAUGAACCUCAAUGAGAAGGCUGGCAAGGAGGUUUGGUGUCCCAUCUGCAAGCAAGCAGAGUUGAAAGAGGACUGUCAUCAUAUCUAUUGCUCUCUUUGUGGACUCCGGCUCAACAGAGAUGAUGAGGUCAAUCUAGAGGUGUUACGAAAUAGGUUGGAUGAAGCUCAUUCAGACCAUCUUGAUCAAGGAUGCAGGUUAAAAUCGAAAUUCUGCGUUAAAACUAGAUUUGAUCUGACUGCUCUGUACAUAACCUGCCAGGGGUGCAACAUGUUUGAGGUUGUAAUGUAGCCAUUUUGGUGUGCUUCCCUUGAUUGUAAUGGUUUUAUAGUUUCAUGUGGAUACGCGAGUUAUUAUAGGUGAUAUGUUUGCUGAAGUUGAUCAACCAAGUGGUGGGAAACACUAUUUAUCUUGGUUUUGUGGUUAAUCCAACUGAUUUUAUACACUCACUUUGCAUACCUAUGUUGCUCUUCUCUUAUCACGGUACUUCCAUUUUCUAAACUCU